AUGGCGCGCGAGCGCGCGGCGCGACGACGACCGAGGACUCGAGCGCUCGGAGACCACGCGCGAUGGAUGGCGUUCGCGGCGCCGUACGGUGCGCUCGUCCUGACGCUGUCGGCGCGAGGAUACGAACGAAAGGGACACAUCGGGACGGCGUGCGCGCUGUGCGUCAGCGCGCUGGUGCUCCCGUACUGGCGCGCGUGGUGCGGACGGCCGGUGUUUGCGUUUUAUGGACUCGCGCUGGGACGGUACCGACGGAAACGAGGCGAUGGGGCGUUCGAGAGGGAGACGACGGCGACGUUCGCGGAGGCGGUUCGGGACAACGCGCCGGCGUUCGCGAGAGAGUUAGCGUCGUUCGUGCGAGGAGCGUGCGAGGGGAAGGGUGAGUUGAGUGGGGUCGGUGGAGACGUCGCGGACGCGCGGCAGCCGAGCGAGAAGAUGCGGGACGCGGGAUGGGGGACGAUUCCGUUACACGACGCGACGCUCGACGCGCCGAGUCGCUUGGCGGCGAGGUGCUUUCCGAGCACGUCCGCGGUCGUGGCGUCGGUGGGUGGAUUCAAUGGAAAGAUUUGGGUGCUGAGUCCUGGGGCGGGCGGGGCGUCGAGCGCGACGGGACGCGUGACGACGGGGCUCUCGGACGGGUACUGGCGCGCGCACGUGGUGUUGGCCCGAGACGCGGGAUUGCACGGCAAAGCCGCUGGGUUGCGUUCGGGGGACGAAACGCGCGCGCUCGAGGUGGGUUCUGUGCACGUCGUGAACGAUUAUCACCCGAGCGCGUUUUGGAACGUGUCUAGGGACGCUGGAGUGGUGUUGCUCUCGUUCGAUGUCGCGAGACCAGAGCUCGAUUCUUGUCGAGCGGCGCUCGUGGAGUCACGCGCGAGGCUCACUCGCGCGUUCGGCGCCACGUCGGAGGAGUACAACGGGGAUGUCACCUUUAUGGCAUAUUUAUGGCGUGCGUUUUCGCUCACAUUGAUUAGCAACCUCAGCUGA